CCCCGGCGCCGGCGGCGGUACCGCGGACCGUUUUAAUUUUGGUUGCUGUUACUGCUGAUAUCUGAGCCAAAGUGGUGAUGCUGCUCGAGGGAGGUUACUGCAGCCCCUAAGUCAACGAUUGUGUGAUUGCGAGCCAUGCCUUUAGUGAAGAGGAACAUCGAACCCCGGCACUUGUGCCGGGGAGCUCUGCCCGAAGGGAUCACCAGUGAGCUUGAAUGUGUCACCAACAGCACUCUUGCCGCCAUCAUACGCCAGCUAAGCAGUCUCAGCAAACAUGCCGAAGACAUAUUCGGUGAGUUGUUUAAUGAGGCUAACAACUUCUACAUCAGAGCAAAUUCUCUUCAAGACAGAAUUGAUCGCCUCGCUGUCAAAGUUACCCAGCUGGAUUCAACAGUGGAAGAGGUGUCACUACAGGAUAUCAACAUGAAAAAAGCUUUCAAAAGUUCCACAGUCCAAGACCAGCAGGUGGUUUCAAAGAACAGCAUUCCUAAUCCUGUUGCUGACAUUUACAACCAGAGUGAUAAACCGCCACCUCUGAACAUCCUGACGCCAUACAGGGAUGAUAAGAAGGAUGGGCUGAAGUUCUAUACUGAUCCUUCCUAUUUCUUUGACCUCUGGAAAGAAAAAAUGCUACAAGACACAGAAGACAAGAGGAAAGAGAAAAGGCGUCAAAAGGAGCAAAAGCGUAUAGAUGGCACCACCCGUGAGGUGAAAAAGGUUAGAAAAGCCAGAAACAGGCGCCAGGAGUGGAAUAUGAUGGCAUAUGACAAAGAGCUUAGACCCGACAACAGGUUGUCUCAGAGUGUGUACCACGGAGCGUCUUCCGAGGGAUCCCUGUCCCCAGACACUAGGUCCCACGCAUCGGAUGUUACGGAUUACUCCUAUCCAGCUACGCCCAACCAUUCUCUGCACCCCCAGCCAGCGACCCCUUCGUACGCAGCAACUGGUGAUGCGCCUCCGCACGGACCUGCGAGCCAGGCUCCCGAGCACGAGUACCGGCCGCCCUCCGCCUCGGCGAGGCACAUGGCCCUCAACAGACCCCAGCAGCCGCCGCCCCCGCCUCCCCCGCAGGCCCCAGAGGGGUCCCAGGCCUCCGCGCCGAUGGCUCCAGCCGACUACGGGAUGCUCCCAGCACAGAUAAUCGAGUAUUACAACCCAUCAGGACCACCUCCUCCCCCGCCACCCCCCGUGAUUCCUUCUGCACAAACUGCCUUCGUCAGCCCUCUCCAGAUCCCCAUGCAGCCCUCCUUCCCCGCCUCAGCCGGCACCACCUACACGGCGCCGCCUCACCCUCCCUCCGGGCUCCUGGCCGCAGCCCCGCCUCCCCCAGGCCCACCACCUCCCCCGCCGGGACCGCCUGGCCCGGGGUCUUCUCUGUCGUCCUCCCCAAUGCAUGGCCCCCCAGCGGCUGAGGCCAAGCGGCAGGAGCCUGCACAGCCGCCAAUUAGCGAUGCCCGGAGCGAUCUCCUUGCUGCUAUUCGGAUGGGUAAGUGGAGCACCCCGGCUACACAGCCUUGCUCUGGGGAAGAGAGUUCUUCACGUCUCCAAUUAGGUACAGCCGUGUUGUCUUCGAGCUACUACUCUCCGUGUUAA